UCAAUUUAUGCAGCGCUUUACAUAUAUAUGGAACAUUCACAUAAGUCCCUCACCCUCAAGGAGGGUACAAUCUAAGGUCCCUAACUCACAUACACAUACUAGGGCCAAUUUAGACAGGAUCCAAUUAACCUACCAGCAGGGGCGGACUGACCAUUUGGAAACUCGGGCACUGCCCGAGGGCCCGGGGUCAGUAGGCGGCCCCACGAGAUGCCCCUGGUACCUUUUUCAUAGGCUUUUUUGAGUUUGGGCAAGGACACAGGGGCCCCAUGAUCCUCUAUUGCCCGGGGGCCCCAUGAGUUGUCAGUCCACCCCUGCCUACCAGCAUGUCUUCAUAUCACAUC